GUCUGCUGGUCUCUUUGAUGGGAGUUAUAAUUCUCUUCCCCAAGAAGUACUGGGCGACAAAUGAGCUGGUAAGUCGAAGCCACCAGUCAAGGGAUCAGUGUCAUGUCAAGGUCACAUCCAACCCCUUCACCUUGGUUCACGGCUCCAAAACUUUACUUCUCAAUGCCUUCUAUGAGCACAGGGUGGCCAAAGCCAGCGUCCGCCUGCUUGGCAUUGUGCGGCGGGAAGAGGACACAGCACAGAGCCGCUGUGUCCUCUGCUGCCAUGACGACGGACGUCUGGUGACUGUGGUGGCAGAACGAAACACCCACCCAUCACAUUACUUCUUCCCCUACAGCACAGGGGACUUCCUGUGUCAGAUACCUCACGGCUGCCAGCCCAGGUAUGCUGGGCUGAUGUCUGAAAACAUCAACCAGGCUGACAUCACUUUUCUACCUGUGCUGAACCAGGCUGAGCGACAAUCGAGUUUCCCUCUAAACUUCACUGUGUGCCUAACCACCAUGUUUAACAACUACAACAAUGUGCUUCAGUUCAUCCAGGCAGUGGAGCUCUAUCGCCUCCUGGGGGCUCAGAGGGUCAUUGUUUACAAGAAUAGCUGCUCCCCAGCUAUGGAGGAAGUAUUGCGUUACUACAGCAGCCAGGUGGGUCUGGUUGAGGUGCUGUCCUGGCCAGUUGAUGCCCAUCUCAAUGUGUCAUCAAGCUGGCUGCCCUCGCUGUCGCCUGGUGACCUUCACUACUACGGCCAGAUACCUGCCAACAACGACUGUGUGUACAGAUACAUGUACCAGACCAGGUACCUGUUAAUGCACGACGCUGACGAGGUCAUCCUGCCCACAGGUAGUGACAGCUGGACAGAGCUGCUGUCUACUCUGGACAGUAAACAUGGAGAAAAUGCCAACUACUACUUUGACAACAACGUCUUCCCUAUAGAAGAAAAGGAGACAGACACCAGGUUUAAUCGUCCAGAGUGGGCGGGGCUUCCUGGAGUCAACUUCUUGCUCCAUGUGCUGAAGGAGCCAGACGGCUCAGGCUACACCACAGGGAAGCUGAUCCUAAACCCACGCAGCGUCCUGCAGAUGGAGGUCCACGCCGUGCAGCUCCACAACCCAGGAGGACACACAGUGAAGGUUGGCCCAGAGCUGGGACAACUUUACCACAUGCGAAGGCGGAAGAAUACGGCACUCAAAAGGAGUGAUCUGGUCCGGGAUGAGGGACUGCUGAGAUUCGGCCCGCGACUGGUUGAACGGGUUAAGGUCGCCCUGAGCAACAUGAAGCUGCCCAGUUAACAAAGAUCUUUGGCAAA